CAGAUAUCCAACUUUUAUCCCGAUCGUCCUCUAAGAUUUCUCCCUCUCCACCAACUUAGCCUCCAAUUUCGGGGGCCGGGGUCCAAAUAUCUCAGCUCCAACCCUAACCUGAUCACUCCCCAUCUUAAUCGCCCCUUCAUAGUCCUGAGUCAUACCCAUGCUCAACUCCAGCCCUUCCCCUUCCCCAUCUUCACCCGCCAGCCCAAGCUCCUUCUCGACCCUAUCCCUCGUCUCCCUCAGACACAAAAAGUCCUCAUUCUCAUUUUCCAGCGUCGUCGCCUGCGACCUCGCCAGGGCCCCAAUGGUCAUCAGCCCCACCAGCUUCAGCCGCGGACAAUUCUCCCGGAUAUGCCGACACAAACGCGUCGCCUCCACAGGUUCGACGCCAGAUUUAUUCGCUUCCCCAGACGUGUUGACCUGUACGUAGACGCGGAGUCGAUUUUCCGCAUCCGCAUCCGCAUCGCCAGCAGCAGCAAGCCUCUCCCCCCACCCCCGAUUCAGCAAAUUCGCCUUCUUCUCCGUAUCCACGCUCUCGACCGCGAAGAGGCCCGGCACAUCGCGCGCGAGCGACACGCACUUGUUCGACUGCAGGCCGCCAAUGAAAUGCCAGCGGACCUCGGGCGAGAGGGCCUUGAGGGCCCUGGACUUCUCGAGCAGUUCCUGGAAGUAGUUUUCGCCGAAGUGUAGGGUUGGGUUGUGCUCGUGGAGGAUUUGGACGUCGGAGGCGGGCUUUAUUUUGGAGACGGCGAGCAGGCGGACGGGGCGUUGGGGUCUUUGGGGUUGGGUUUGCGGGACUUUGGCGGAGGCGGCGGCGAUGCGCGCCGUUACGGCGGAGAGGUUUGUGAUGAGAGCUGUGGCGCGGAGAGACAUUUCGGAGUCGGUGGUAGUGGUGGUGGUGGGGUUGGUUGGUUGUUGAGUGGUCAUUGUGUUCGUAUUGUAAGGUUUUGGUCCUCUAUGUCUUUUUUGCUGUGUGCUCUAUAUUUCUCUGCGUGAAGGUUUCUCCCUGGAAAGGAGACAAGGAGGGACAUAUGGGCUAUACCCAUAGGUAUUUGUCCUGGUUGUUUGAGUCAUAGAACGGCGGCGAGAUAUCUCUCACGGCCGAGACGACAUUUGAUAUCACAUGAUAGUCGAACUACCGCGUCUCGCAUAGCCGCGCGAUUAUCCCGCAGCGUUGCUCAACACCCCUUUUUUGUCAAAGGGUUAUAGUCUCUACCUAGGAAGUUUCCCAAACGCUAGGAGGAACAAGUCAGAAUAUAUAUUUGAAACUAUGGAGGACGAUAUAUCAAGAACUUAUUUCCGAACGCAUAACCUAGGGCGAGCAAUUGAGCCACAAAUUAUUGGAAUGUGGAAUUGCGGAUUGAACAAUCUCUAACCCUACGAACUCGGAGAACCGGCUUUUCAAGCAGGUAUGGGCGACGGGCGACACCUUGUCCGGAACUUGGUUCAGGACGUGAUUAAGAAGCCGGCGCCAACACACAGCCCCUCUCAAAUUUGCAAUUGGACAGGCCAUCAGUCCAGACAGAAACAAGUUUGCUGUCAUUAGCAUUUCGAGGGCCAACCUUUGGGGCACAAGUUAAGUUAGGCCUUCCCGUGCUCAAGUUCGAAUGUUGACUGCCAGUGUGGAAUUUUGACAUACUGAGAAAGACACAGGUUAGUUCUUGCAACAAAAUCGUGGAUACGCUGGGAAGUGAUCGAGGCAAUUUUCAGGCUCCCAGCCUGGAAUCAAAAUGGAAGAUCUGUCGGAAAAUUGGCUGGACUUUGAGUACACAAGGAUUAAAACCAGGAUAAAGUAUUGAAACAUUUGAAAUCAAGCAAUUCACUUCAAGGCUGCAAAUAUGCUUUGCUGUCCAUAGUCGGAUCAAAAAGGCCUAAUGAAGUUGACAGCAAAUAAUUGAAAAUCCCACCAUUCAGCUCACAAGAGAAAGCUAAAUUAGCUGGAACUAUUCUGCAGGGGCUCAUUGUUUGGAUCAAAAUAUUUGAGGCAGCUGGAUGACCGUAUCUAUGAACAUUAUGAGUCUGCGAACCCUGCUUCGUACCUGCUUGGUUCCUGGCUGGAAGCCAGAUAUCUGCGAGUUUACUGGCACACAACGACGGGCAUAUUGAAAACUUACUUGGACGAUAGUCAUCCAGCGAUCGACCCUGCGAUUCUUCGUACCUGGAGUUGUAUGUACUGUACAUAUAAUUGCUUGGAGUUUCGGUCUUCUUGGUUCUGGUUUCCGCUGGCCUGGAUUUGAUCUGCAGACGUGGAUAAGUAUGUAUUUGCUUUUCCCGGUCUGCCUCUUCCCUUUGCCUUGAGGUUUUGCACUUUUUCAAGCAAUAAGCAAACCCAGGUCUCCAUGUCAUUAUCGCCAUGCUCUAGUCAUGAUGCGACGGUUAUGCAAGCGACCCCCGAGUGAAGGGCGAACGGCAAAGUAACCAAACAAAUAUUCGACCUAAUAAGAUGACAAACACAACCCCCCCAGGUACAUGGUAAGAGCCAUCGUCUAUCAUAGCCUGUCACAGUGGAAAACCCUUUGGUGCAGCCGUAUGUGAAAUCCCGCUGGAUAUUAUGACUGGACAGCAGGGUUAUCGGCUAGAGAGACACGAGCGGGGGAUCGCUGGCAGUGUCCAAUCCCGCUAGUAGCGUUUUAGAGCCCUUUAUUUAGAGCCCACUAGACCAGCGCAUCGCCACAUACCGAACCCGUAUGAUGGGCCAAAGCGCUGAUUGCAACAACGCGGAGUGGCUGUGUUCAUUGGCCGAGUCAACCCCCAUUGGCUGCCAAGUACCAGCCAAAAGGGCAUCCCACUCACCAUCGCGAAUCGACAUCGUCAUUCUGCAUUCCGUGCAUGUGUGGUGUACGAGCCGGUUUUGGGGCCUGGCGCCCGUUAGCUAACAGUGGUGUUUUGCGGUGGUAUUUUCAGCAAGCAUAACCCCCAAUAAUUACCUAUCCUUGACUUUUUGCCCAAUCCCUGUGGAGUUGAGUCCCUUCUUGUUGCCAAUGAUAGGUCUUUGGCCCCUCUAACUCGUGCUGGCCAGAACAACUUCGUGUUACUCCCCUAUGACCAACCACCUGGGUAUCCUCCUGGACUGUCUGGGGUGUUCCGACCGCAAUCUCAUCGAGUGAAACGUUAACAGCCCACUCGCUCGCUCUUCUUCGCACCACUCGACGACGUGUCGCUCCGCAUUGUACCGGUGUGGAGCAGGAUAAGCAAGCCCUCACCUCAACGUCACAAUAUUUUCGAUCUUCCGAUAUUGUCAAGUUGUUGAGCUUUAUUUACAUUUUCAAAGCUCUUUAACUGUCAUGUACUGUACUUGUCCGCUUCACUUCCGGGCUUGCGUUUAUUUUUUUCAUUCAGGAUAACGUUAUACUUUCACUGGUUUCCCAACAUCCCCGUUAUCGUCGUUCCCAGUAAACGUCAACUUUCUACUCGGACAUUUUCAACAUGUCAACGACCCUGAGCAUUGCCCAGGACCCUGCGGCGAGGAAUGAUAGUUCUAGUACUUCGGCGUCUAGACAUAGAUCUAAUCAGUCACAUAGCACUUAUCAAACCGCUUACAGCCAUCCACCUAUGGUGAUUAAUCUAGGAAAAGGCAACCCUCAGGUUGGAGUUAAUGGGAGAGAAUCAACAGACACAUAUGCAUCGACAAUAUUAUCAGAAACAGAAGAGGACAUAGACGACGAGCCACCAAUCGAACUUGUCUCAGAUAGAUAUGAGGAUUUUCCAUCGAAUCCUAUCCCCUCAUCCCCACCAACGUUUGGAGAGUUGUUCCCAUCCCCCAGGCGACUUCUUAUAAGACACGAUGAUACCACGAUUGAUGGAAACAUGAACCUACGCAUUGAUACCAUUGCGGUUCAGCCAGGAGGGCGUCAGUACGACAUCACGCUGUUUCAUCUCCGCAUGCACGAUCUGGGAAAUAGGAAAUUCUCACUUCGACGGUAUUGCAGAGACUCCGGAAGAGAGGUCUGCCAUUCAGCGAGGAAGUUCAACCAGCCGUCUGCAGAAAUGCUCACUGCUCUGCAACGACCUUUGACCAACGCUUUCUCCACUCUGCGUUCCAAAUCAGAUUCAAUAGCCACCACAACGAAUGGGCUAUGGAGGCAGAACUCGGGAUAUAAACCAUCAACAGAAUGCACCGAGAAUGGCAAUGGCAGGAGAUAUUCUAUAGAAUCAUUAUCGCGACCCAAAAGCCCCGAGCCGACAAACAUUAUCCAACUCGAGUUCUCCAAUUAUGCGCAUGUCGAUGUCAAGCGAAGAGGCCCCAAGGGCUCCAAACAUUACGACUUCGAAUAUUGGAGUACGAGAUAUCAAUGGAAGAGAAGUAGUCGAAGGGAUGGAGAUUCGAAGGAAAUCUCGUUUGACCUCUAUCAUGUAGCAAAGUCAAAACCAGUUGCACACAUUUUAACAGAACGUCUGACUCCGCUGGAAGCUCUGGAAGAAAGAAGCAAAGGCGGCUGGAUUCCGCCUUGCUCUAUGUGGAUCAGCGACCCUUCAUUAUAUGAAAGCAUGAAAGAUGUUGCUGAUGUCGUCGUUGCCACUGGGCUUAUUGCAUUGGUGGACGACAGUAUCAAGCGCCGCUGGAAUAACAAACGGACCUCACUCUCCCACACUCCUAUGACUUCAUCAUUUAUGAAGAGUAUGGACUCUGUGGCCUCGAACAAAAUUAUAGAGAAGGUUUUCCACCGUCGUGGCUCGACUGGAUCUCGACACAGCUCAUUUCGCCAGAUGUUUGCUCAUGCUUAAGAAUCAGGUUUUGUCUUUCUCUUUCACGGGCUAUAUCGGGCUUUUUGAUUGCUCCCACUAUUGUAUUUUUCCAUUGCUGCACUAUCUUCUCUCAUGUACUUGUUAUUAAUUCUUUUUCUUUUUUAUAAGAUUAUUGACGUGGAACUCAUGGCUUGGUACCAGAACAUCGAGACUUUUGCUAUUUUGCAGUCGGGAAUGAGAUCUUCGCCAUACUGGAAUAGAGCAAUUGAGGGGGUCAGGUUGUCACACUUUUGCCAUGUAAGAAAGCCUGCCCUGGAGUAUAUCGAUGAGGCUAGGUUCAUGUACGUGGAAAUGGCGCAUUUCCUACGAACCAUAAAAUUUUUCUUUUUCUCAAUUCUUUUUCUGUUUUUUCUUUUUCGCAAAUCCAUUUAGUUUGCAGGAGGGAGGAUACGAUCGAUCAUUGUGCAGACGGCGUUACAGGGGGACUAGGGCACUACGAAGGUGGCCAUCGAAUACCAUGUCUUGGACCCCUCCAGGAGCUACCGGGACCGCUGGAAUGGGCAGCAUUUUUGGAGACAAACAGGUCCUAUUUACGAUGAAACGUGGCUAGAAUUAUAUGUUUUCUUUUUACGAAGUUCAUGCGGGUUUGUCUUAUUGUGUCCUAUUUUUGGAGAUAACGUACUAGCUUAAGCCAUGUCUAUGGAUAUGAUAUUGCAACAUUUUUCUGUAAUUAUUCAUCUUCCUUUUCUUGUAUUAUUAUCAUACUAUCAUAUCG